AGAUAAUACCAACCUUACCACAACGAAAUAAAAAAAGUUGGGUUGCUAUUACUUUGCGGGUGGAGCUAAGUGACCGUAAAGCUUUGAUUUUGAUAAAAAAAUUCCCGUUUCAUGUUUUAAUCAAAAUGAUUAUUAUUUUGAAUACUAAAUUAAUUAAACUUUCAUCACGUACUGAAAUUAAUUAACACAAUAUCCACUUCAAAUUGUCAAUAUUGACAAGCAAGUCAAGAUGUCUAAGAGAUCCGCAGAAGAAAGCGGCAAUGGCAGCAGCCAGCCGCCUAUCAAGAAAGUCCACUUUGAACCACAUCUGAUCGGCCCCGUGUCGACACUUGAGGAAAUGGACAUAAAAGUUCUUCAAUUCCAGAAUAAGAAGUUGGCUCAGAGGAUAGAACAACGUCACCGGUGUGAAGCAGAACUGCGAGCUAGAAUAGAACAGCUUGAGAAGAGGCAGACACAGGACGAUGCAGUGCUCUGUGUUGUGAACCGCUACUGGAAUCUGCUGAAUGAAGACAUACGAGUACUGCUGCAACGAUUUGAUGCAGAAACAGCUGAUGAAUCGGAGAACAAAAAUGAAAAUGAAGCCACUACAUCAUUCUUGAUGCAGUUGUCAACUUGGGACAAGGAAGAGUUGGAUGCUCAGUUGGCGAAUAGAGUGCAAGUGAGCAAGCGGGCUGUGGCUAAAGUUCUGCAAGCUUUUGACAGGCUACAGCAGAGAAAUGAUAAGAUAUGGAAAGCUAUAAAGGGAGAAGGCGAAGAAGGCGGUCCAGCUCCAAACCUGGAAGAAACAGUACUUGCUGCCAACGGCGAGGUGACGGCGGAAAAUCGGCGGUUACAAGCUCUGUGCACCACGCUGCAUGACGCACAUCACGCCAUGACGCUGCGGGUGGCCAGGCUUCAGGACGCCGUCAAUAGUCGCGACACCGAGAACGCAGAGUUAAAAAACCAGAUUGAUGAUCUGCAGUACGAGCUAAUGAAGGUCCGUUCGCGCAACGACAAGUUGGAAAACCACUUAGCGGAGGCGAUCGAGAAGUUGAAGAGCUACCACCAAUCCGGGGCCACGGCGCCGGGCUCCAGCGCCGCCGCCGGCGCCGCGCCCGCGCCGCACUCGGCCGCGGCGGCCGCCAAGCUGGAGGACGUGGCGGCCGAGCUGGAGGAGCAGCGCGAGCUGGCCAACAACCGGCUGGCCGAGCUGGACAGGCUGCACAGGGAGCAUAGGGACACGCUCAAGGAAGUCGAGAAGUUGAAGAUGGACAUACGCCAACUACCAGAGUCUAUAAUCGUGGAGACAACAGAGUACAAAUGUCUUCAGAGCCAGUUCUCAGUGCUUUACAACGAGUCCAUGCAGAUGAAGACAGCCCUGGACGAGACACGCUUGCAGCUGCAGAACGCCAAGAACCUGCAUCUCAGGCAGAUAGAGAUGAUGGAGAGCGAAGAAUUAUCAAGGCAGAAAGCGCUAAGAGCCGAGAUGAUACAACUGGAAGAUGUCCUAGGCCAGCUACGGAAGGAAUAUGAAAUGCUGCGUAUAGAGUUUGAACAGAACUUGGCAGCAAACGAGCAAACGGGACCCAUCAACCGUGAGAUGAGGCACUUGAUAACGUCACUACAGAAUCAUAACCAACAGUUGAAAGGGGAGGUGCACAGGUAUAAGAGGAAAUAUAAGGAUGCGAGUCAGGAGUUGAAUAAGGCGCGCAAGGAGCUGGAGGAGGCGCCGGCGCGCGGCGGCGAGGCGCCCGACGAGAAGCCGCUCGCCGUCAAGAAGGAGGAGCCCGACCCGGAGGGCUCCGAAGGCAGCAGCGGCGGCGCGGCGGGCGCUGCGGCGGCGGGGGCGGAGCGCGCCAGCAAGGAGCACGCGCGCGCCAAGCUGCAGGAGCACGAGCUGCUGGUCAAGGAGCUCAAGCUGCAGCUCAAGAAGGCAGUAAACGAGCAGAAGGAGUUGAAGCUUCUACUCGACAUGUACAAAGGGGUCAGUAAAGAGCAGAGAGACAAGGUCCAGCUCAUGGCGGCCGAGAGGAAGGCCAGGCAGGAGUUGGAAGACCACCGGCAGAAGGCUAAGAUGGCACAGGAGAGCAAGCGCGAGCGGCGGCUGGCGGACGAGGACGCGCUGCGCAAGAUCAAGCAGCUGGAGGAGCAGAAGUACGAGCUGCAGAAGCAGCUGGCGUGCGCGCGCCCCGGCAGCGACCCGCUGCACGCCUUCGCGCGGCCCUUCGCCGGCUCGCAGGAGGAAGAAGCCCUUCUGAACGAGAUGGAAGUGACCGGGCAGGCGUUCGAGGACAUGCAGGAGCAGAACUCGAGGCUCAUACAGCAGCUGCGGGAGAAGGACGAUGCCAACUUCAAGCUCAUGUCGGAGCGGAUCAAAGCAAACUCUUUGCACAAACUGUUGAGGGAAGAGAAGCAGUUACUGCAGGAGCAGGUGCUUACGCGGGACCAGCAAAUAGAAUCAAUGGGCGCCGUCGCUCGGAGACUAGAAGAGAAAGAGAGAUUGUUACAGAGCACUCUCUCCGCGGUGGAGAAGGAGUUGGUUCUACGUCAGCAAGCGAUGGAGAUGCACAAGCGGAAAGCUAUAGAGUCUGCGCAGUCCGCCGCUGAUCUAAAACUGCAUCUUGAAAAAUACCACGCUCAGAUGAAAGAGGCGCAGCAAGUAGUGGCGGAGAAGACCAGCGCUUUAGAAGCUGAAGCGUACAAGACCAAGCGGUUACAUGAGGAGCUAGCGAUGCUCCGAAGGAAGGCAGAGCGCAUGAAGAAGAUGGAACAAGCUGGAAGCAGCAUGGACGAGGUGCUGCUGGAGGAGAUCAAGGAGUACAAGGAGACUCUGACAUGCCCGUCGUGCAAGGUGAAACGCAAAGACGCAGUGCUGACGAAGUGCUUCCACGUGUUCUGCUGGGACUGCCUGCGCACGCGCUACGAGACGCGCCAGCGGAAGUGCCCCAAGUGCAACGCGGCCUUCGGCGCCAACGACUACCAUCGCCUCUAUCUCUCCACUUAGGGGGACCCACGCACGCGAGGGAUGAUACUUACGUGCUGCAACUAAUGUAUGGAAAUGCACUGGGUAUGCCACAUUGCAGAGCGUGCGGCGAGCGAUUCGGGCGGCUCGGUACAGUGGUCGAAAUAAGUGUUUUAUGUCACAUACCACGAAGUUAAUUAUAGUCGAAAGUCCGUUAUAAUAUUUUUGACGCGUCGUCCGUUUGGCCCCUAAGGCCCCACUCGGGCAUCCAUAGAUUUUCGUGAAUCGUGUUGGGCUGUGCGCUUUUCUAAGCCAGACAUUCUAUAAUGACCAUAUAUGUAAAACCCUUCUUGAUAUAGAAAAAUGUGCUGUUAUGUAUAUCACAUUUAGAAUACUCCAAUGGUCGAAAACGCUUUUCUAAAAAGCAUGCUCUCUCGAUACCGCUUUAGGCAAUUGAUUGCUUUGCAGUAAGUAGCAAGGAACUGAUAGUUCAGAAUGUUUGACGCGACGAGCAGUUAUCUAUUUCAUGCAUGUAAAUCUAGUUGAAUAUGUAAACAUCAUCUCUGUAUAUUGGUGUUGUUUUAUUUAUAAUGCUGUAUAUUUCUCUGUCCGUGCAAUCGAUAUUUGGAGAUGUUUAAAUCACGCGAAAAUCAAAUCAAGUGGUUAUUAGAACUUUGUAUAUAUGUACUAAUUUAUAGAUAGGUGUUUAAUGCAAUAUGUGUUAGAUGUUGCGUUCUUAUAAAUAAAUUGAUAAACACGGCAUUACGUGCCUCAGACGAUAAAAAAUAAUGAAUGCUGCAGUCAGUAUUGAACUAGUGAAGGUUUAUACGGAUUGGUUGUGAAUUUAGUCUAAUAGACGGAAAGAGGAAAUGUGAUUUUGAAUCAUCUUGCACUACAUAAAGUUUGACUCAUGCAUCGCAUGUAAAAUGUCAGUGGGAAAGAGGCUGGCAUGGCUUAGUAAAAUUAUGCUACCAUUAUGUAAUACCGAAUUUAUUAUGUCCCCCUAAAAUCGAAGGGUGGCACUAAAAUUGACUUAUUUAGAAUGUUCUUAAAAAAAGUCAUUGUGCCGAUAUUUCCCACCUUAAAUAAAAGCUUAAUAAUGAAAAUGUAAGAUUAUGUAAAUGUCUAUUAUAUGUCUUGUCGUUCUAGGCACAAUAAGUCUGUUUGAUCGUCAAUCUCAUGUUGGUAUCGCGCGAUAUUCAAUUAAAAAUAAUACAUAAAUAAAUAUAAUCGUCGCAUAUCGAUGAAUACUAAAUAUUUGUAAAUGUUUUUUCCAAGACUGCUAGGAGAAUUACUCUAAAUAUCUCAUACCCAUUGUGACGCGAGAUGAGAUUUCAUUCCUUAUUUUAAAAUAGCUUCGAGUACUUUCACAUGAAAUAUAUUAUUGUGUUAAGCAAAGCAGAAAUUGUAAUGCAUUUCGCAACUGUAUAUGAGUUUUAUUAAUGUUGUAUAUUUAAGAAUAUGAAAUCGAACAAGUGGAUAGUUAUAAUGUCUAUAUUUAAGAAUUAUUUUGUAUAGCUAAAAAAGAUUGCUCGUGUAUGGAAUAAACAGCUCAUAGCUGUAGUUUUCCUACUUGGGUAGAAAAAUACAAUUCGCAGCCCACUGACUGAUAUAUUUAUGUUUUAGGUUUAACAUUUUCAUUGGGCGUAGCUCUAAUAGUGAGUAUGAAAUGGAAUUAGCAUAGUUUCUAUAAGUAUAUUACAAAAAAACAUAAACAUCAAUAAGGUCCGUACUAUCUGUAUGUCAGUUCAAAUUUGGUUUAUUUGUUCAAAGGUACGUUUUUGUAUGUACCUUUGAAUCAAGUGACGAAGUUGUGACUUAUUGUACUAGAAAUAUUUACUAAACUAUCUAAUAAUAUUACCCCCCUUUAGUAAUAGAGAAUUAUGUUUAAUUUUGUACCACAAUCUAUUUCAUUUUUGCAAUAGGUAUGUAUCUUUGGCCAUCGGGUGAUCACAGUAUAUAAAAUAAGAUUAUUUUUGUUAAUUGUAAACCUUCCUUUAGUUGGGUUGUUUACACUUCACAGAUGGGUAUUUUCGAUUGCUUCAUUUGUCAAAUUAAUUGCUUUUUCGGCAAUUAGUGAAAAAGGAGACUGGUUUCAUAUGUUAUAAAGCAACUUGUUAUUUGGCUCUGCAGAUUAACGGCACAGUGAGCUACGUGUAAGUAAACCAUCUUUGUAUGCAUUUUCUGUGUAGCUCGUGUUGUGCACUGGUAAUUUAUACAUAGUUAAGACACGAAGUGUGAACACAGUCGCUCAUUCUCUAUACUAAUUCUAACCAAUGUUUUUUAAAUUGACUACUUACAUAAUUUUAAAUAUGGUCGUAUUGGUGUUUUAACUAUGUGUAAAUAAUUAGAAAUUUAUCCCAAUAAGCAUAAAAAUUAUGGUCGGCUAUUAACUUAUGGCUGACUUUUAUAAAUUAUCACAGAUUUCUAUAGAUGGUUAGAAUAAUUUAGAUGAAUUCUGGUUCCUUUUGCCAUUGAAUGCCCUAUUUAGGACAAAACAAUUCAGAACAAGGAACUAUUAACAUGAAAUGUAUUAUUUUAAAUGGAGUAUGUCGAAUAAAUGUCUCAAAACAUA